CAGAUUUACGUCAUCACAUGGUGACGAGGUGUGGGUUCAGGAAGUCGGACAUUCUUGCCCACAGUGAUAAGGAUUCGGUGGCAGCCGGGGAACAUGGAGUCGCUGAAGCCGGAGCGGGCCGGUGUGGCGGGAGCGAAGGAGGAGGACGAGGGGGAGGAGGAUUUCUGCGACUGCGUGGACGAGCCGGAGCGGCUGAAUGAGGCCUCGGAGCAGGCAGCUGGUGUGCUGGAGGCAGAUCAUGCUGGGGCGGAGGUUAUCAGUCACAGUACUGGGGUAGAGGGAGACAAUGGAGGCUCUGUGUGUGGCGAGGAGGCCGCAGCGGCGGCGGAGGAAGAAGAAGUGGAGCUGGACGAGGAGACGCUGCUGGAGAUGGAGAGAGAACUGAGCGAAGAGCAGAGAGAGGACAGGAGAAAGGAGAGCACUCGUUUAAAAGACGAAGGAAACCAACUGUUUAAAAAAGGAGAUUAUGUCGCAGCUGAAGACAUCUAUUCCCAAGCACUUCAGUCGUGUCCAGCGUGUUACAAGAAAGAACGAUCUAUUCUGUUUUCCAACAGAGCAGCUGCCAGACUGAGCCAGGAUAAGAACGAACUAGCGCUGAAAGACUGCACCAAAGCAAUAGACUUAAAUCCUGACUACAUCCGCGCCUUACUGAGGAGAGCAGAGUUGUAUGAGAAGACUGAUAAACUGGAUGAGGCCUUAGCAGACUACAAAUCUGUUCUGGAAAAAGAUGUGUCGUGUCAGAAGGCCAGAGAAGCCUGCAUGCGAUUACCCAGACAGAUCGAACAAAGGAAUGAAAAACUAAAAGAAGAAAUGAUUAGUAAAUUAAAGGACUUGGGAAACUUGGUUCUUAGGCCUUUUGGACUGUCAACAGAAAAUUUUAAAGUCAAUCAGGACAGCGAUACCGGCUCAUACUCCAUCAACUUUGUGCAAAACCAGAAUAAUAACAGAUGAUAUGCAUUCUGCUGAUUAAAUGAGGGCUUUCCAAUGCGUUCCAUAGCACUGCUGCUGCUCCAAUUACUUUUUAUGGUGUAGUGACCUAUAAAUAAGGUCAAUGAAUAUAGCCUGCAAGUCAUCUGUUUUUGUGAACAUAUUUAUUCCCCUUCUCUCCCAAUACAUCUAUUUUUGUUUAGAUAAAAGUUAUCUGACACUUA